ACCGUAAACAAAUCGCUCAACAUUUGUUCACCAAACAGCGACAAAUUUUGUGGUUCACGGGAAAAAUCAGUUCUGGGAAUUCCACAGCGACAAAAGCGCUUUUGCUGUCAUCGCUUGUGCGGCUCUGGCCCUACUAAAUAUGGCAGAUCCGGUAAAAUGUGAUGGACUAUAUACAAUCGUUGGACCGGGAACCAUACACUCUCAUCGAGAUUACAAUGUGGCUGUCGCCGUGCAUCACACCAAGGAGCCAGUUACCUUGAAGAUUGGUAUUACGGGACCCUCGUACAAUGAAACGCAAACGGUCGAGUUGCCUAAUGCCGAUGAGUUCAAGCAGAUUACCUUCACGUUGCCUCCUCUUAAGUCGGGUGACUAUAACUUAACCGCAGAGGGUGUCUCUGGACUUGAGUUCAAGAACUCCACGCAGCUUAGUUUGGCAGAAUUUAAGCCCUAUGUCAAGCUACAAACCGAUAAGGGCAAAUACAAGCCCGGCGACACCGUCAACUACCGCGUAAUCUUCCUAGAUGAGAACCUUAAACCGAGUUUGGCCGAGGACGACGUAGUUGUGUGGUUCGAGGAUCCCAAACGCAAUCGCAUUAAGGAACUYAAGCACAUCGAGACCCGUGGAGGAGUCUACACCGGAAAGUUCGAGUUGUCGGAGUUUGCCCUCUUGGGCUCAUGGACACUUUCGGUGCAGAAUGGCGAUUCAUAUUCGGAUGAGCGGGUCUACUUUGAAGUUGAGAAGUACGUGCUCCCCAAAUACACCAUCUCAAUGGACGCGACUCAGCAUGUGUCGGUGAAGGAUGGUGACAUGCAGGUUGUUGUAAAAGCAAAUUACACCUAUGGCAAACCAGUAAAUGGCAAAGUACUUCUCAAUGUACACACAGACGAAUCAAGCACCUGGUCCACCGUAAAUGGCGAGUCUGUCCGCACAGACACGCCGGGGCACGCUCUCAUCCGAACUGCUGACAUGGUCAACGGCAAGGCGAAAUUUGAUAUUAACGUUAAGGAAUUUGCUAGUUUUUUGCCAUACAAAACAUCGUCGUCGUAUGCACAAAUUUUGGCCACUGUUGUGGAGGACUUCACAGGUGUACAACUCAACGAAACGGGCGGCGUACAGCUUUACCCGUAUCGCUACGAAAUGACCUGCGUGGAUUACACUUCCUGUUAUUCAUUUGUAGCCGAUAAAGAGCACGAGAUCAUUUUUAAAAUCACUCUUGUUGAUGGUACCCUACUUAAAGAUACAAAGACCCCUGUCAAGGCAAAGUUCACCGARGGCAUUCGCCACUCCAGAUAUGGCGAUGAAUCCAAAYUACCGUCGAUUGAGAAUAAAACGCUUGAGUUUGAGAGCCAUCUUAACGAGUCCAGCUUAGCUGUAUUUAAAGUCACAUUACCAGAUUUACCAGACAUGGAAAACUAUACGCGUUACUAUAGCAUCGAGCUACAGUUUGAUGAGGAGGAACGAGAUCUGUAUACAACCUAUCCCUACAGGGAACCAAAGAAAAUUGAACCUCUACCUCAUGAAGAAGAAAAGGAGAAGGAAUGGUUUAAGGUCGAUGUGCAGAGACCUAAGGACAAAUGGAGCCUCAAAAUCGGAGAGGAGUAUCAAGUCACUUUGAACUCCAGUCGUCCCCUCAACUACUUCGUAUACAACAUCAUCGGACGUGGAAAUGUUCUACAAACGGAAAGAGUCGUACUGAGUGAGCCUCAGAAGGUCUAUAACAUCAGCCUGACCCCAACGUUCCUUAUGUCACCUUACGGCCGCAUUUAUGUCUACUAUGUGGAUGAGACUGGCGAAUUUCGCUAUGCCGAGGAUUCUUUCCACGCAGAUGUGGAGCUACAAAACCAAAUUGAAGUGACUGCUCCAGAUGAGGUCAAACCUGGCGCAGAUGUUGAGCUAGAGAUUAAGACAGCGCCCCAAUCAUUCGUUGGCUUAAUGGCUGUUGAUCAGAGUGUCUUGCUACUGGGUAGUAAUAACGAUAUUAAUAAGGAUUCAUUUGGCUGGCGCUUAGGACGGUAUGAUACCCAUACACCGUGGCAAGGAGGUUACUCGUACUAUCCCGGUGAACGUAGUGGAGUUGUAACCAUGACAAAUGCCAACUUCUUUUAUAAUCGCACGGCUCCCGAUUAUCACAUACAAAACUUUGUGGGUGGAGCUAUGCGAAAGACCGCACUUGUUUCGAAUGACAUGGCAUUCAGCACUGCUGUUCCAAUGAGUGCAGCAGCAGAAGGUGCCUUAGUUGGGAACGCAGGAGGGUUCGCUGCGGCGGCACCUGGCUCAGCACCAGUAGUACGGAAAAACUUUGUGGAAACCUGGCUGUUCGAAGACAUUGAAAAUACUAAGGCAGAGAUUUUUAAGUGGGUUCGAAAAAUUCCCGAUACGAUUACAAGCUGGGUGCUGACGGCGUUCUCAUUGCAUCCCGAAAAGGGCUUGGGCGUGACCAACGACCAGCUGAAAAUUAAGACUUUCCAGCCAUUCUUUGUGUCCGUGCGUUUACCAUACUCAGUGAAGCGUGGCGAGGUUAUCAAUGUGCCCGCUCUGGUGUUCAACUACCUGCCCAAGCAGUUGGACGUGGAGGUGACUCUGAGCAACGAGGAUAACGAGUACGACUUUGUGGAUGUUUCCAACGAGGUUCUCGGCGAACAGAAGCGCACACAGACGGUGCGCGUGGGCGCCAAUUCCGCAGCCGGCGCAUCGCACCCCCAGGGCAGCAGCAGUCGCUUUAGCAGCUGCUGUAGCAACAGCCGGCGUCAACACCUUGGCGACUGCCCCAGCGUCGGGCUACGGACUACGGGCUUCGGGCAAUGCCACGAUUUGCGGCAGGCUGCAGGACACAUGCGCAGCGCCAUGGCCACUGACGAGUCCUUCUCGUUCCCGUUAUCGUUCUCGUAG